AUGAUGAUCAUUCCAAGCCAAUCUUUUUUCUGCUUCUUUGCUUCCCUUAUUUUAUACACUCUUGCUUCUCCUACUUUCCAAAGAGAUGCACUUUUGGAGUUUAAAAAGGAAUUUCCCAUCGGUGUACCGGACCCAAAUCCUUUUGUUGUUUCACCUUUAAGUUCAUGGAACACAAGCAGUGGUGAUUACUGCUCUUGGGAAGGUGUCACAUGUGAUGCUAAUUCCGGUAAGGUCAUAUCUCUCGUCCUUAGAUGGAUCUCUUUCAACGGCUCUUUGAAAUCAAACAGUAGUCUUUUUAAACUCCAACAUCUUCAUCACCUACACCUUGUCUAUUGCGAUCUGAGAGGAGAGAUCCCUUCUUCACUAGGAAACCUGUCUCACCUCAUAGAACUAGAUCUUUCUAGUAAUAGUUUGGUAGGUAAAAUUCCACUUUCUAUUGGCAACCUUAAGCAGCUAAGCGCCUUGAGCCUUGGGUCCAACCAUCUUAUAGGGAAGAUCCCUUCUUCACUAGGAAACCUGUCUCACCUCGUAUAUCUAAAUCUUCUUUAUAAUCACUUGGUAGGUGAAGUUCCAUCUUCAGUCGGCAACCUGAACCAACUAAUACUCUUAGAGUUGUCCGGAAACAACUUGAGUGGUAACAUUCCCGUUUCAUUUGCCAAUUUAAAGAAGUUGUCCGUUUUAGACCUCUCUCAAAAUCAAUUCAGUGGUGGAGAUUUCCCUCGUAUACUAUCAAAUUUAACCAAUUUGUCCUCCUUAACCCUUACCAAUAAUCACUUCAAUUCCCCACUUCCUGAAGUGAAUGGACUCCACAAAUUGAAGCAUUUCGAUGCUGGUGGAAACUCGUUUUUUGGGAAAAUUCCUACUUCCUUGUUCAAGAUUCAUUCGUUGCGGGAGCUUUACUUGCAGGAAAACCAACUUGAGGGAACUUUAGAAAUUGAUAGUACAACAUCUGGAUUUUCCAAUCUCAUGUAUUUAUAUCUUAGCCAUAACAGUUUGAUUGGGCCAAUCCCUGAGUCCUUGUCCAAAAUAGUCUCACUUUAUUCCCUUGAUCUCUCUUACAAUAGGUUGGAAGGUCAAAUACCAAGUUUCUUAUGGAGGUUAUCUUCGUUGAAGCUUUCUCAUAAUUCUUUCACUAGCCUGGAGAAACCACUCCAAGUUAUCUUAAAUGGAAGCCACUUUGAUCUCGGCUCAAAUUCACUCCAAGGAGUAUUUCCUCGAUGGAUAUGUUGCUUAAGAUCAGCAACAUUCUUAGAUCUGUCAAACAACCAUCUCAUUGGUUCCAUUCCAUCAUGUUUGAUAAAUUCAAUUUCUUCUCUUAUAUUUAUGAACCUAAAAAACAACAACAUGAGUGGAUCUCUUCCGGAUAUCUUUAUCAAUGCUACCAAGUUACAAUCACUUGACGUUAGCCGCAACCAGCUGGUGGGAAAGCUUCCAAAAUCUUUGAUCAACUGCAACAAUGUGGGAAUUCUGAAUUUGAAAGGAAACAAGAUCAAGGACACAUUUCCAUUUUGGCUGAAAUCUUUGGGAUCAUUGCGUGUUUUGUUACUCGGAUCAAAUGCAUUCUAUGGUCCAAUCUAUAGACCCUCUACGGAUUUUGGGUUUCCAACUCUGCGAAUCAUUGAUAUAUCGCAUAAUAGCUUCAAUGGAACACUGCCACAAGAUUAUUUUGUGAACUGGCUUGAAAUGUCCUCGGUGGGGAUAAAUGUAACCAUAGUCAACCCAUAUUCGGUAUACAUGGGCACAGUAUACGGUUAUCAAGAUUCGAUGGAUAUGAAUUAUAAAGGAGUAGAAACAGAUUUUUCACGGAUCUACCUUGGCUUCAAAGCAAUCGAUUUUUCGGGAAAUAAAUUUGAAGGAUGGAUCCCUAAAUCCAUUGGCUUGUUGAAGGACUUGCGUCUUCUCAACUUGUCAGGCAAUGCAUUCACUGGCAACAUUCCAACCUCUUUGGCAAAUAUAACAUAUCUGGAGGCACUAGAUCUCUCUCGCAAUAACCUUGCGGGUCAUAUUCCUCGCGAUCUUGGCAACCUCUCCUUUGUGUCCUACUUUGACUUUUCGCACAACCUUUUGGAAGGUCCCGUGCCACGAGGCACACAAUUUCAAAGGCAAAACUGUUCUUCAUUCGAGGACAACCUCGGACUCGUUGGUCUCGAGGAUAUAUGUGGAAAUAACCAUGUUCCGGAUGCAACACCAUCACAGUCACAACAACCUGAGGAUUUCUCGUAUGAGUCGGAACAAGUGGUGAACCGGAUAGCAGCCGCAAUAGCCUAUGUACCCGGUGUGUUAUGUGGACUGGUGAUCGGACAUAUCUUCAUUCGAGGACAACCUCGGACUCGUUGGUCUCGAGGAUAUAUGUGGAAAUAA